CAUUGGAUAUGCUUUCCCUGUCCUCCUCGUCCCAAUCCCCCACAACCUUAACUGUAACGCAGCGGUGGACGCGUUUUCAUUAACGAACAGGAAGGACCACUUCGCGUCUCUGUAAACAAUUUUCUUGUCUUAUGAAAGUUGGAUUAUUUUCUGUGAUUAUUUGUCAUUUCCCGUUCUUGUGGUUAACUUUCGUGACGAUUGGAUGCGACCUGCUACAAGUAACGCAAUAUCAAGAGAGGAGAGACAAAGGAAACUGCGUGGGGAUACAAAGAUCCUUACAGGUGGGAUGAGAUGAGAUCUGUGAAAAGCCAUUACCAUGGAAACUGGUGACUCCUCUUCCUCCCCGAGGCAGGAUGAUAGACAGGCCAUGCAGGAGCCAUGCGAGACGUUGCUCCUCGGCGAGGUUCUGGAGAGAGGCGCGGGAGAGGGGUCCAACGGCAGAGACGACCCCGUCGACGGCGGCCUGAAGACGGACGCCGGCCAGAUGGAGAUCGCGGCGGCGCGAGCGAACGCCGCCGCCGCGAAUGUCCCUGCAGGCGAGGGCCCUUCGGCGGACGGGAUCCCGUGCCGGGAGUGCGGCGUCUCCUUCGCCAGCUUACAAGUGUACAUGGAGCACCGCUGCCCGAACGCCCGCCGGACGCUUCCGCACGGCGACACUGACAGUGAGCUCAGCGACCAGGAGGACAGCGACGUGGAGGCCCUGGACGGGGAGAUCGUGUACCAGCCCAACGGGUCGGCCUUCAUCAUUAAGGAGUCUGGAGGAGGUGUCCGGAGCUCCCCGUCCGGAGCGCAUGCCCUCUUCUCCCCCUCGGGCUUUCUGAACCACCAAACCUCUGUGCCCCUUUUCCCACAGGUCAUCAACACCUUCCAUAUCGCCUCCUCUCUCAGAAGACAGUUGGCGGCCGAUCCGACCUCCCCAAAUACCUCAUCGCUGGCGGGCAUUGGUCCGGUGUUGCACAGCUUCCGCGUCUACGAUCUCCGACACAAGGGUGACCAAGACUGUGGGGCUGGUGAUAGCGGCUCCAAAAACUCCCGCUUAUCCAAAGAUGUCCCUAAUGGCUUGGACCUGUCCAGAUUCGAUGGCUUUGUGAAGGACGGCAAGAACAAGCCAGUUCUGAUGUGUUUCCUGUGCAGGAUGUCCUUUGGUUACGUGAGGUCGUUUGUGAACCACGCUAUCCAGGACCAUAGGAUGUCCCUCAACCAGGAGGAGCAGAAGGUCCUGGCAAAUAAAUACGUCUCUGCGAUUAUACAAGGGAUCGGUCAGGACAGGGAACCGUUAAUAAGCUUUCUGGAACCAAAAAAACCCCUCUGUCUCAACCCGCUUUUUUCUGCUUCAGACCCUGUAUGUCCGGAUCCUAGCCUGCAGGGUGCAUGGGGGGCUCUUCAGACUGAGAGUGGGGGCUCCCUGCAUGCAGGCUUUCCCUCCGUUAAGGGCAGUGUGAGUUCUGUAUCUUCAGAAGAAGAGUCAGCGAUGCCAAAGGCUGAAGUCGACUUGCGAACCCUGUCGCCUUCAGGCGACACUCUGCCCCAAGGUUGCCUGUUGUCUGGGAAGGCGGGCAAGUCACCGGAGAGCGAGAGACUCGGGAAAGCGGAAGGUGGCAGCACAACGGCGUUCUCGUGUGUGGAGAGCUCCAUAAAAAGUGAACUCGGGGAGUUAACUGACACAGAGGAAGAUGUUGUAUAUUAUUACAGUGAGAGCGAGGAGGAUGAUAACGAUUGCAUCGGCAAAAUGGCCGAUUUUGCUGCUGGCAAAGACCUCCCCGUCUCCAACCAAAGCAGUUCUCUUUUGACGUCCUCUUCACCGAAACCUGAAGUGAAGGGGGUCCCCGAUUAUUCUGCUACUGUGUCCGCUAACAGAGAGAUGACCAAGCAGACAGCUGACCCAAAGGACCAGAACAGUGAUCUAGAUAGCCAAAGUCGAAGUGAGAAGGAAUUCACGAAGGUUCAAGAAGACACCCCGGCUUUGUUGUUGGACGAGCUGAGACGUAGUGACAGGAGCCCUGUGUCUCCUCACCAGCAGGUUUCCAGCAAGCCCAGUACAAUGCUUGACAACGCUAGCGCAGGGCGAGGGGUGUCUCCCGGCAGGGAUGUCAGGUACCGCAAAUCUGACUCUGACGUCGGCUCGUCACACUCUCUGAGCGAUCACCCGGUCACUCUGGGGUCCGGUAUUCCUUGCAAGGCCCUGAAAUGCCCCAUGUGCAAUUGGCACUACAAGUACCAGCAGAGCCUGGACGCCCACGUGAAGGAGAAGCACCCGGAGAUGGGCAGCUCCUGCCCCUACUGCGGAACGGGUCAGCCGCACCCUCGACUGUCCAGGGGCGAGAGCCAUACCUGCGGCUACAAGCCCUUCCACUGCGAGGUGUGCAACUACUCCACCACGACCAAAGGCAACCUCACGAUUCACAUGCAGUCCGACCGGCACCUGACCAACAUCCAGACUCUUCAAAAUGGCGGCGUGGAGAUGCCGGACAUCCGCCCCACCCACUCCUCGCCCGUCUCCGGGGUCGGCGGCAGGAUUCCCUCGCCGACCAAACCCAAGCAGAGGUCGAGCUGGCGCUGCGAGGUCUGCGACUACGAGACCAGCGUGGCCCACAACCUGAGGAUCCACAUGACCAGCGAGAAGCACGUGCACAACAUCAUGCUCCUGCAGCAGACCUUGAAGCAGAUGAGGGGCGGGCUACAGCCCAGCAUGGCACCUGCUGAGGCCCAGCUCUACCAGUAUUACCUGGCCCAGAACAUGGGUCUGCCGGGCCUGAAGCUGGAGAAUCCUCCCGAUUUGCCCCACAUGAUGGUCAACCCCUUCCAGUGCAGUUCCUUUUCAACCGCAGGGCUGAUCCCGGGACUGGUCAAUGAUGACCUGGCAAAGGACGUCCACCUCGCCAGCGGUCAGUCAAAAGGUGACGACCAGCCCCUCGUUUCUGCUGGGGAGCUAUCGCCACGCGUCGGUGACCCACCACAGAAGCUGUACCAGUGUAGCCUGUGCAACAGGUUCGCCUCAGACAGCCUGGAGGCCCUGGGCUUGCACGUGAGUGAGGAACGUGUGCUCCCCCUGGAGGACUGGAGGACCAUCGUCGGUGACCACUACCAGUGUCGGCUCUGCGGAUACAGAACCCAGCUCCGGGCCAACUUCCUGCUCCACUGCCAGACCGACCGGCACCUGCACAGGUACCAGCUGGCGGCCCACCUGAAGGAGGCGGGGGAGCCUAACUACUGGAGGUUGAAGGACGUCGCCAUCAGCAACCCCGUGCACCUGAAGUGCAACGUGUGUGAAUACCACAGCAACAGCAUUGAGAAGCUGCGGCAGCACAUUGCCAACCAGAGGCACGAAGCAGCAAUGAGGCUCUACAAGCACUUGCAGAAGCAGGAGAGCAUGUUGAACUCGGAGUCCUGCUACUUCUACUGCGCGCUGUGCGACUACUCCACCAAAGCCAAGCUCCACCUGGUGCAGCACCUCCACUCCGCCAAGCACCAGCAGGCCCUGGGGUCGCACAAGCUGGAGUUCUUCCAGCGGGGGCCAGGGUCCGAGCCCGACGCGCUGGGGGAUCUGUUCUACGUCAAGGACCGUCCCAAGAAAGAGUCGGAGGAACACGAUGAAAAGAUCAAAGGCCCUGCCAAGACUACAACAAAUGACCAGACUGAGAAGGAUAUUAAAGUCCUCAAGAAGUCUAAACUUGGAAUGAAUACCCUGCCCAAGGAACCUCCCGGGACCACAGCUCUUGGAAAGCGAAGUCUAUUGCCAGAAAAUGGAAAUGACACGACGCCCAAGAGACCGAAAUCGGCAGAGGGGACAGCUAGCAACGAGCAGGAGAACCAGUGCUCGCAGUGCAGCUACAGCACCGCGGACCCCAGCCGCAUGGCGAUGCACGUGCUGUCCCAGCAUUCAGUGCGGUCGGCCCUCUGCUGCCCGCUGUGCGACGACGUCCUCAGCAGCAAGAUCCACCUGCAGCUGCACCUGACCCACCUGCACAGCGUGGCCGCGGACUGCGUGGAGAAGCUGAUCGCGGGGGUCUCAGAAACCAAUGUCCUAAUGCCCAGAAACAUGGCUGAAAAACUGUGUGAACCUGUGAAAGAUAAGCUGUUGUGUAAUGUGGACACUUCAGCUGUGACACAGAAAGAAUCAGUGAAACCCCAAGGUGGCGGUUCCAUUGCUUCGAAAAGCAAAGCUCAAAACAGGGGCUUAGAGGGCCUUCAGAAUAUUCUGGAAGUCAAACCACAAAAGGCCCCUUCAGACACCCCAAGCUGGAAGAGGAGCCAGGACCAGAAGAACCAGGUCUGGCCAUGGAAGGAUCAAAGUGGGCUCCAAAACCAGCAGCUCUUGGGCUCUGAUCACCACGCUUACAAGCAACGGAGUGACCACAGCGGCCUGGAACCGCGGGAGCUCCUGGCACAUUCUCAACUCCGCACCGCCGUCGUCUGCGCCCUGUGCCUUUGCGACUUCCAAACGGUCCUUGAGCUCAGGAAGCACCUGGAGAGCGUUCAUCCGGAGCUGAGCCAAGCUGACGUCGGGCGUCUCUGCAGGACCCCGCCAGCGAGUGAACUCAGCACCGAGAGCGCGGAGAGGAUGUUCGAUCCCAAGCUGCUCAAAGACUUGGUCCAGGAAAGGAAGGACAGUCCGGCGAGAAGCGAGAGCGUAUCUCCCCUGGAUGAGGCCAACUUCGAAUCUAAACGAACCUUUUCCCUGAAAAAAGGCACAAAUUUCUUCGUGGAGAAGUUUUUGGAUCCCGCGCGUCCGUACAAGUGCACUGUGUGCAAGGAAUCCUUCACGCAGAAGAACAUUCUCCUGGUUCACUAUAAUUCAGUCUCGCAUUUACACAAGCUGAAAAAGGUCAUGCACGAGACCACGUCGCCAUUGCUUCAGGAAAGCAGCAACAGGUUUGACAACAAACCGUACAAAUGCAAUGUUUGUAACGUUGCCUAUAGCCAAAGUUCAACUCUCGAGAUCCACAUGAGGUCCGUGCUUCACCAGACAAAAGCCAGGACUUCCAAAGUGGAAACCGGAAGCAGUAUUUCAAACGCAAACCGUGGGGCGACACCCCAAAGGCCUGUCACCGUUAGCCAAGAGGCAGUGGACGCUACAAACUUAACUGCCGCAACACCCAAAGAUAACCAGACAAAAGCCAAAGAAAACCGAAAACAACCUGCUGAAAACAUUUCCAGUCUUCUCCCUCCGCAGCCGUGCCUGACCCCAGGACAGCUACAGCUGCAGCACGACCUAACGCAACAGGCCGCUUUCUUUCAGUCUCAGCUUCUAGGCCCGGCAUUCUGGCCACCCCUCCCAAUGUCUCCCAGUGUCCUGCUACACUUUCAGCAACCCCAGUUCCUCUUUCCAUUUUAUGUGCCCGGUGCUGAGGUGAAGCUUAACUCAGAGCUGGCAUCGCAAUCCCCCAUUUUGGGGCUGCCCGGAAUGACUCAGACCCUGCUGGAGGACCUCAGGCUUCAGCAGAGCCAGUUUCAGCAGCUGCAGCAACAGGCUACUAAAAAGCUGCCCGGUGACUCAGAGGUGCAGUCGCAGAAAGAGCAGGAGCAGGAGCAGACCAACGAGCCCGAGGUGGAGCAGAAUGACAAGGCGAUAACUGAUGCCCAAACAUCUGAGGACGCCGAAGAGCAGUCAAAGGAACCGGAGAGCAAAGAAGAGCCAAAAAAGCAAGGCCACAACAGUGUCACGACUGAGGAUAACGGAGAUGUUAAAAAGCAGGUUCCAGCAGAGCCGUCCUUCCUACCUCCACGUGUUAUCUUGGGUGCGAGGGGGAAUGCUGCCAGAGCUCUGCUGGAGAAUUUUGGGUUCGAGCUGGUGAUCCAGUACAUUGAGAACAGACAGAGGAAUCAGAGGAAAAACGAGUGUGCGGAAAAAGAGGCCAUUGCUGACAAGCUGGUGUGUGGCACAUGUGGAAAGCUUUUCUCCAACAUCCUGAUCCUCAAGAACCACCAGGAGCAUGUGCAUAAACAGAUCUUUCCAAAUGGAGAUCUUGAGAAGUUUGCGCAGCAGUAUAGAGAAGCGUAUGACAAACUGUAUCCAAUUAAUCCAUCGUCUCCUGCGACUCCUCCAUCGCCCCCAACCACCCCGCCUCUUCCGCCUCCCCCUCCCUCACCCCAACCUCCAUCGGAGCCUGCCCCCACCAUAAGGAAAAUGCAGACACCUGUACCGCCAAAGGCUCCACAACCACCACCAACUCCACCGCCCCCUCCUCCGCCGGUCGCGUCUCCGCAAAUCAACUUUCCCACAUCUGUAGACCUGCCUCUUCUCCUGUCAAUGAUGGCACAGCAAGCUGGGUUGCCUCCAAAUCUCAUGCUCCAGUUUCCCUCUUCAGAUCCUACACCUCAGUCUGAUCUUACACAACUAUGUAGUCAGCAGGAGCCGGACCCCGUGUCUCUCCAGCAAGUGGAGUCCAAACGACCACGUACUCGGAUUACCGAUGAGCAGCUGAAAAUCCUCCGUGACACUUUCAAAAUUAACAACUACCCUGGGGAGGAGAAGGUUCAAGAGCUGGCUGAGAAGUUAGGCCUUUGCCAGAAAGUUAUCAAGCACUGGUUCCGCAAUGCCCUCUUCAAAGAGAGACAACGAUGCAAGGAUUCCCCCUACAACUUCAGCAUUCCGCCUAUCGCAACACUGGAAGAUGUAAAACUGGAGUCCCAGUUUGAUGGAAUGGAUUUUUACAAACUGGAUCUCGCCAAGAAUAAUAGGUCUUCCAGAACUCACAUCACAGACUAUCAGAUGAGAGUCCUUCAGGACUUUUUUGAAACAAAUGCUAACCCUAAGGACUAUGAAAUAGAUCAGCUCUCCUCUGCUCUUAAUCUGCCGAGUCAUGUGAUAAUUUUCUGGUUCCAAAAUGCUCGUGAGAAGGCAAGAAAAAUGUAUGAAAGCCAGAUUGAUUCAACUGAAGACUGUGAGAGAAAGGAAAAGGUUAAUGAGAGUUGCAUUGCUCAUUCUUGCAAAGCUGAAGAUGAUGAUGCACCAGACAGUGAUUGGCAAGAUAAGGAAUAUGUGGAUGUUAGCAAACAGCUAAAAAACAUACCAAAGCUCUUGGAACAUGCAGGUUCAUCCAAACAUGCCUUUGGAAGAGUUACAGUUUCAGAUUCAGGCUCUCCACCAGUACCUUCACCUCAGUCCAGUAUUGAAAAGGCCUCCCCACAGCCAAAAUUAGCCUCUGAUAAUUCAAAGCAGGCUGAGGAUUCUUCAUCUCAAGUGCUAACUAACAUACCAGAACUACGAGCGGCCCAAGUGCUCACUCCACAACCUGCCAGGCAGAAGAUACCCCAAGAACUAAUGACUAGGUUGCAGUCUGCGGCCAUCACAUCCAGUCAUCUUCCUCUCACCACCUCAACUAUGACAAAUAGUUUACUUCCUCAGAUGCUACACUACAAGUGUGAGCAGUGUAAAAUCAUCUUCCCAUCUGCAGAGCUGUGGCAGGAGCACCAGCGCAUGCAUUUGCUAGCUACCCAAAACCAGUUUCUUCACUCCCAGUUCCUGGAAAGAUCCUUGGAAAUGCCAUACAUGAUCUUUGACCCAAGCAAUCCACUCAUAACAAGCCAGUUACUCUCUGGGUCUUUCUCCCAAAUGCCAGUGCUGAACAGUUCCAUCCAUUCCUCACCUCCUAGUAGCGCCUCUCUGAAACGUAAAUUAGACGACAGAGAGGAAAACAGCUCCAGCGAUAAAGACUGCAGUAAUACUAUCGAAGACCAGCAGAGGGACAAACGCCCUAGGACCACCAUUGCACCAGAACAGCUGGAGAUCUUGUAUGACAAGUAUCUCCUUGACUCCAACCCAACCCGAAAAAUGCUUGAACACAUUGCCAACACGGUGGGCCUGAAGAAAAGAGUUGUGCAGGUUUGGUUUCAGAACACUCGUGCCAGGGAGCGCAAGGGGCAGUUUCGAGCACUGGGUGCAGCUCAGUCUCACAAAAAAUGUCCUUUCUGUGGUUCGCUCUUCAAGGCCCUGUCAGCUCUUGAAAGCCAUAUUCGAUCCAGGCACUGGCAUGAAGCUAAGGAGGCAGGUUUUGGCUUGUGCUUAAGUUCCAUGAUGUCAGGCAAUGAUGGAGCCGAGAUCCUGCCCAGGCACAAUGACUUUGAGAACCAGUUCACUAAGAUGGAAACUAGUGAAUCUGAGCUUCCUGAAUUUGACCUGACCGCUGCAUCUUCAAGCCUCGCUAAAGCAGCUGAAGGACAUCUGAAGUAUUUCAUGAGCUCUUCAUGCUCAAAAACAGAAAAAACUGAGGACCCCGAAGGGGUAAGUGAUAAUUUUGGAGAGGUCUUCUAUGACCUAUCUAAAGGAGAUUUAGAUGAGACCUCUUCUGUCACCACAGCCACGAGUGAUGCAUCAACAGGUCACAGGGGACAAAUUGAGCAAGGUGAAGGCAAAACAAAUCCCUUUCAAAAUUAUGAUUUACACAGAGAAGUUCAAGUCAACCCAGCAAAUUUCUCAAUUCAAGAUAGCAAGCACAGUUACAGCAUCCAAGGCGAUGACCUGGAUGACAGUACAGAUCAGAGUGAGACCUUGAGUGUGGUAGACCUGAGCUCACCUCACCCCUUCAGCUACAGAAGCCCCUUGGAUCAUGGAAGGUUAAGUGUAGACAAGCCAGGCCACAGGCGCUCCAGGACCCAGAUGAGCAACCAGCAAGUUAUGGUUCUCAAGUCUUGCUUUAGCGACUGCCGCACGCCGACCAUGCAUGAAUGCGAGACGCUCGGCGACAAGAUUGGACUAGCUAAGCGGGUCGUGCAGGUCUGGUUUCAAAAUGCUCGUGCCAAAGAGAAGAAGUUCAAAAUAACGGUGGGAAAGCCGUUUGUGGUAAGCCAGGAAUCGCCCGACGGUCCGAUGCCAGAAUGCACACUCUGCGGCACAAGGUUCACCACUACAUUUCCCAUACGGGAGCACAUCUUUUCCAAGCUGCACGUAGACAAACUGCAAGACAGACUGAGGGGCCAUGUGGAUCGGGAAAAGGACCACCUCACGGCAACAACCGUACGUCAGCUGAUGGCACAGCAGGAGUUCGAACGCUUCAAGAAGAGGACAGUGGAUUCCCUUGGUACCGCCACUCAGCAGCAAACCAUGACUGAUGCACUUCUUGGUCUUAGCUGGCCGACCAGUUACUCUGGAAUCACUGGUCUCCCAUCUGGUGUAAAUGGGAAUUUAAAACAUCCUAGUUUUCCACCAAGCACACCUGGAACUCUUGGUGAUGCGUACCCCUCUCCAGUCACCCCGACUACUGCCGUGUCUCUCGGCUGCACCCCGACCAAGACUCCGGCCACUCCAUCUCCCAUUCCCUCCACCCCAUCGACAAGCCAUCAAACCGAGCCACCGAACCCGGACAAGCCAAAGACGUCUGUGCAGCUAAAACAGCCGCACGAGGAGAGGGAGGCAAACGGCUCUCGUUCUGAUUCGAAGAAGAGGAAGGAAGGGGAAAGAGAAAAGAGAACUCAGACAAAACGAGCCAAAUCCCAAGGGCUUCUGGGUACUGUCGCCGGGGAUACGGGAGCCUUCUUAGCCGGACAGUUCCUGCCUUACUUUGUCCCGGGGCUUGUCCCGUACCUGCCUCCCCAACUUCCCGGAUUUGCUCAAGGCGGCGGAUCCUUCCCGCCUCUGUGCGGACUGGAGAACUUGUUCCCGUACGGACCGGGCUUGCCACAGGCCAUCGCCGGUCUCUCGACAGCCGCCCUGGUUCAGCAGUGCAAGCAGUAUCAGCAGUCACUCCCAGACACCCUGAAACAGGACAAGCUGCGAGAGGGGCAACGGCACAAACCAGCCUCUGCCGAGCCAUUGAACACACCCGGCGAUAGAAUCCAACCAAAAGAGGAGGAUACGACUGGCUUUUCUGCCGAAAGCACAGACCAAGAGUUGCAAGCGGGUGCCAGAAACGUGGACUUUCCAGAUGGUCUCAUCAACUCCUCAAACAAGGGUGAGUUUACCUGUGAACAGUGCCGGGCGGUCUUUGCCGACAAGGAGUCUGCGUUGCGCCAUAGGGAGUCGUCCUGUUGCUUCGGACAGUCGUUUUCUGACUUGCGGGAUGCCGCGCUUCACAAGGAGGCUAGCAACAAAUACAGCUGCACGCCGCGGAAUCUGACCGUUAGCACGGACAACGCGGCUAGCCGCCACGUUCGAUCGAGCCCUCACAAGGAUAAAGCAGCAAGACAAGCAAUGAGAGAUGCCAAAGAGCACACUAGAUUAUUACCUCGUUCCGCCUGCUCCUCCACCACAUCUACCUCACAGUCUGCUAUCAAUAACCGUCCCCUUAUUUCUUGCACAUCCAUGGCAUCCUGGCCCAGUGUUCUUUUCCAAGCGUCCUCCAUGGGCGCCGCAUCGUUCCUCUCGCCCUCCGCCCCUCUCCCUUCUGCCCUGUCCACCCCUCCGGCGGUUACCUCAUCUGCACGGGGUACCGCGGAGGGUCGGCUCUCGUUGCCCGCCGAGAUCUGUUCGGACAAAUUGGGCGGCCAGUUGAGUCAGAAGCUUGACAACAUUGGGAAGUCGUUGGACAUCAAGACUAAGGCAACCUCUGGCCUUGGUGCCAAUUUCAGAAGUAUCAGAAUGGAUAUGUUCACUGUGUAGGAGUGAAAGCUGUAUAAAAUAAAGAAUUUAACUGCAGUUCCAAAGUUUGUUGUAACCCAAAAAAUCACAGCACCAAAUGGUUGACUCAGGAUUGUUUUAUUUUCCCCAUAAUGAUAUACUAGUUAGACAUGGUAGGAUUUUUAUUAUGGACAGAAUGGUUGCCGAUGCUUAAGCAAGCUAUUGUGUACUGUACUGAAUAAUUUACAAAAAAAACAGCUCUUGUGGAGCUUGUUUCAAGCCAAAAACAAUGUUGUGAUCGCAAAUUUCACCUCAGAUUGAUUUUCAAAAACUUACUGUAUGUACUGUAUGGAGAAAUAUUUUGGAACAUUUGAAGAGAAUUUGUCUUAUACGUACAAGGUGUAAUUCAGUAACUUUAAAUUCUCAGGUCAUAACAGAGUAUCCUUUGUCUGUCAAAGCAGCAUAAACACUGAUUAAAUGGAAGAUUUACCAAAACAAGUAAAAUUGUACCAGGAGCACGUGGGCACAUGUACAUUUUGGGAUGUACAACAUGUGUGUUUUUUUUUCUUUCAUGUUGCCCAACUGGACCAUAUGGUUUUGCCACUGAAGGAAUUAAGAAUGGUGCUGGAACAGUAUGCGUAUCCCCGAGGUUAUAUUGCGUCAGUCUUAUACGCGUGACACGUUUGUUCCUUUCUGGGACAGAGUACUUGUGAUCCGUGCCACACAGUAUAAUGUCCAGUGUUAAUUCAACUCUAGCAGCACAUGUAGUCCAAGAGGACAUACUCUGUGUGAGUUAAUUUAACACCGAACAUCUUAGUCUGCUGCUUUCUUCAUAUUUUUACCCCCACUUGCACCCAGUUAUCUGAAGGGAUAACUUUGUUCUCUUUUAAUAUUAUAUUUAAUUUGUGAAUUGUAAUGGUAUUGAGGUACUUGCUUGCACCUGGAUUAUAGUGCACUUAUUCUGUUUUUACCCUUUAUAUAAUUUGUUUUAUGAUGUAUUUUUCAUAAAUAAUAGGUCAUUUAAUCGGUGUCUUGUUUCUUACUUUUUUCCUUUUAGAACAGCAGUUUGAUCUGUAAGAGUUUGACUGUGAACAAGCCAAACUUGUACUUGAUUGUGUACAUAAAGUAGAUUUGUAUGACUUGAAACUGUUAAAGAACAAAGUAAAAAAGAAAAAAGAAAAUGGUGUACAUUAUUGCUUCAUGUAAACAAAGAAGCUGCUUUAAACAUGAUACAAAUGUAAGUGUUUUGUAAAAUAUAAAGAUUUUGUCAGCUUGGAGGUACAUUUUCCUAUACUUUUUUCAAUUGAUGUCCUCUAGUACUCUGGGCAUUUCAGUUGAUGUUCUGUUUUUGUUUUAUUAUCCAUAAUAAAUCGACUUGUAUUAACAUAAUUUUGCUGAAACAUUAUAUAGCUUACAUUGUUAUUUCUUUAUUCAGCAUUUCCACACUUCAGCAAAGGUGGAUUCAUAAAUUCAUAAAUUGCUUUAUCUGAAUGUUUUUUUUGUUGCUGUGGAUAAUUAAAGAAUGUGAAUCUGAUUUCCAAAUUGAUUUAUAAGGUAAACAAUUUGUUCAUUCCAAUGGAAGACAUUGCUUGUGGGACUUGUACAUACGAGUAGUUGGAUGUGCAUGGUGUGCAAAUGUAUUAAUAUGAGUAAAUGCAAAAAAAAAAAAAAAAAGUAUUUCUUUUAUUUGUUCUUGUUCCGAGAUGAACAGGUAGCAUGAAAUGCAAACUGCUUGACAGGUUAAAAUCUCGCUUAAGACGGUGAAGUAAAAAUCCCUUUGUCUUUUUAAAGGAUGACAAUACAGGUUUUUUUUUUCUCUCUCUCUCUCUCUCUCUCCAGAAAUGUAGAAAUAUCAGUGUCACAGCUGUUCCAGUUUAUAUUAUCUCCUCUUUCUAUGUAAACAUUUUGAUGUUCUUAUUGAUAUUUUGACAUCAUGAGUUGAAUUCCAAAGACACUUUCAAUGGUUUUCCAAGAGACAAUGGUGCGGUCCCGUCCUUGUUCCAAAGUUGGUCAGAACGCUGCUUCUGCCUUUCUCCCUGAAUGCGGAUCCGUGCUUACAAGGUGGAGCUCCCCUGAGAACAUUGCACAAACGUGUUAAGAGCAAAAUGACUGAUACUCAAGAGCGAUGGACAGUCAGAUGAGUAGGAUAUAAAUGUAUAUACAGUACAUGGGGCAGUAAGCCUGCAUCUAAAUACCUUUAUCUGUGGAUGGAAGAACCAGGCUAAAGAUGAUGGAUUUCAGAAUGAGUGAAAUUGGGAUUUUUCUCCUGAACAUUAUUGGGAUUCAUCACGAUGCCACAGGAAGUAUUCCUCAUACCUGGGCAGUGAAGGAAAAAGCUCAUUUUUUAAGAUCUGCCCUACAUGGUUACAUAACUUUAAAUAAAAUUAAACCAAAAAUGUUA